AUGGGGCAAUGUAAGGAUCCGGAGUUAGCGUUAGCCAAGGAAGCGAUUCUUCAGGCACAGGCUCAGACGACGAAAUGGGUCACGAUGACGGUGGUGAUUUCCUGUGUGGGGGUGAUGGGUGUAACUGGGAUAAUGAUGGGGGUCUAUCUGUCUGGAAAUCUUGGGAGUGGAGAUGAUGCCGACGACCGGGUAAACGUUCCUGCGAUAUCGCAAGCCAUGAAAGGAGCCAACCUUGAGGAUGAUGUAGCACAAAAUCAUCUCGAUCUCAGCUUAUCAAACCCUAAAAAUAAGAUAUCCAUAAUGCCAUCGACCACCACUCAAAGCAAGAAUGAUGACGACUACCUGACAACCAUUACUGAAAAAAAUCCCCCAGUUGUUUCGAAGAACCUUGAGACCAUAAGAGACUUCGUAGCGAGUGGCAUGCAUAGUUUGAAUACAAUUGGAAAAGAGAUGCUGUCCAUAAAACCUUUUCCGAAGAAAUUAUAUGCUAAACCUAUUUUACCAAAACCGCAUAAACACGAGAAAAAUGGCAACAGAGGGAAGUCCAUAAAGCCUCUUGUGAAAACAGCGAAUGUACUUGCACAUAAUGCAGCAAUGCAAGAUGAGGCGAACGUCCAUCAUGAAGUAAGAGAUGUUAUACUCACACCAAACAUUAAUUCUAUAACUAAUCAUUUUAUUAGUGGUGGAAUGAAUGAUUUGAGUGAUAAUUUCGUUUACCAUCGUUCUCAAGUCGACUACAGCGACGAAAGUUUUGAGUUUGAAAGUUCAAAGAUGGAUGAUCAAACAUCUGCUGAAAAACAGUCAACUGACGAUGAGAAGAUAUCUGUAGAGACCGAUAAUGUAGAAUCGGAGGAGAAAUCUAAAGAGGAAACUGAUGAAAAUCUUUCUACAUCGACAGUAAAUCAACAUAGUAAUCAACAAUCGCAAGAAACACAAAGCGAUGAAAAUCAAUCGUCAGAAAACAGUAAACAUGAACAAACAUCGUCCGAGGAACACUUACCGUUACCUAAAGACCACUCUAUCGAGGAGAAAAUUGAUGAUCAGUCCGAUGAAAACGAAGAAACUCAGUCUUCUGAGGAACACACAGUAGAAUCCUCAACAGAAAGCAAAACAAGUGAUCAAAAAGAGAAAGGGUCAUCUUCUGAAGUAAGUGAUGAAAAACAUUCUGAAGAGAUGACUGAUGACAACAAGUCGUCUGACAAGAAAGACAUAUCAACUAAAAUUGAGAGCAGUUCAAGUGAGAUGGAAAUCAUCAAACCAACAGAAAAAGACUAUGAGUACAAUUUUGAGUAUGACAAUUCUCACAGUGAAAAUGAAUUUGUACCCAUUGUCGCUACAUCAUUAAACCUACAUUAUAAAUUGAGUUCAAAAGAGUCUUCUCAUGCUUCACUCAGCAAUUCAAAUUCCGAUGAAGCUGAAAGCAAUGAUUUCGAUGUUACCAUUGAUGACUCAAAAGAAAGAGAUGAAGUCGAAGGCCUGGAUAGAAAAUCAGACAGCGACGAAAAAGACGAAAGUGUUUCAAUUAGCCGGGACGAAUUACACAGUACUGAUGAAGAUUCUUCAAAACCAAACUCUGAGGAGGAAUCUUACAACAGCAUUGAUUCAUCCGAAAAUAACACGCCGAAACAAAAUAAAAAUGAGGCAGCAAGCAUUGAUCUGAAUGACGAAUCGAGGGAAGACCUUAUGACCUCAAGUGGAGAUAUUCCAGAUCAGGUGAAACUCUCUCUUAGCAGUAAAGGGAAAGAUCAUGAGUCCAUAGAAGAGAUUGAUACAGUUGUAAUAGCUCUUGGCAAUUCUUUAAGAUUUAUUGAAAACAAUAAAGAAGUGUCGUACGAAAGUUCGCAAGAAAAGGGAAAAGCUUCAACACUAGAGAUUGCAGAUAAUUCAAAUUCAGCUGAAAAUGUCGAAAAAUCAGAAGACGACGAUUCAAAUAAAAGCAGCACUGAAUCUGAGAAUGAAUAUCAAGUGGCACAAAAUGACAAGGAUUCAAGUUCACACGAAGAUAAUUCAAAGCAAAGCAAACAACAUAUGGUGAAGAAUAGUAAAGAAAGUGAGGAACACAUUAAUGAAAGCAAUGAUUCAUUGGAAAAUAAUCAUGUAGUUGCAAGUACAAGGUCUGUUGACAGUAGCAAGUCAACAAGAAGUAGUGAAAAUGAUGAUAGCUCGGAAAGUGACAUGGCUUCAGAACAGAAAAACAGUUCUUCAGACGAAAAGGUGGAUAUUGCAGAAGCAGAAAGCACCGCAAAAUCAAUUGAAGAUAGUGAUGAUUCAAGUAACAAUGCAGAUUCCUUAUCAAUAGGAGACAAUUCAAUCGAUAUCCAAAAUUCAUUUUCUGAUAAGAGAUUAGACGAAAAAACUACUGUUUCAAAGAAUGAUGAUGCGUCAAAAGACAACAGCAUCGAAUCAACCGAAUCUUUGACGGACAGCAGUCAGAAAUCAGAAGAAAAUGAAUGGAGCUCAAAGGAAGUCAAUGUUUCACAGCAGAGUGAAGAAUCGUCUGAAAAUUCUGAAGACAUCGAUGAAAGUUCAAAGACAGAGAAUAAUGAAAGGAAGGAAAACGAUGAAUCAAAUCAAAGUGAAAAUAAAUCUACAGGCAUUCCAGAAUCAGUCAGUAAUGAGGAAUCAAAUGAGAAAGACAAAAUAUCAUAUUUAAAUAGUGGCACUGUAUGGAAUGAGGACUCGUCAGAAGCUAGCAGCAAAGAAUCUAAUGAAUCCUCUUACCAAGACAGUACUCAGGAAUCAGACGAAAAUAAACGUGUUUCUGUGGAAGGAAAUAUUUCUAAGAAUGGUGAAGGUGAAUCGAUUGACAAUUCUAAAGACAACAGUAAAUCUUCAGAAAACAAAAGUGACACCAUUGAAGAAUCUAAAGACAAAAGCGAGUCAUCAGAAGAAAAUCACAGUGCCUCGAAAAGCACAGAUGAAUCAACAGAAAGCAGCAAUGGAUCUAGUGAGAGUUCUAAACAAAACAGCAGUAAUCAAUCAGUUGAAAAUAAAAUAAAUUCAAAGAAAGAUAUUUCCUCACAAGAAAGUGAAGAUGACUCAACUGAUAAUUCCAAAGACACCAAUGAAAAUUCACAGGAAUCAGAUGAUAUUUCAAAAGCAGACAACUCAGUAGAGACUUCCAUAACAGACAACAGCGAAUCACAAGAAUCACAUAAGCAAGACAGUGAGAAUUCGGAAGAAAUGAGUAAUGAGUCUAAGAACAGCGCUGCGUCAGAGAAAGACAAGGAUGAGUCCAUUGAAUCUUCUAACCGAAACAGUAUUGAUAAAUCGGAAGAAAGUAAUAGUAAUUCAAAGGUAGAUUAUGCGUCACAAGAAAGUAAAGACAGAUCAAAUGACAAUUUCAAAGAUAGUAACGAAAGUGUAGAAGAUACAAUUAAUGGUAUAGAAAACAAUUAUGCUGCAGAGGGAAGUGUGGACGAAUCAAUAGACGAUUCAUAUCCGGAGAGUGGUGAGAAAGGUAAUGGAUAUCAGAGCAGUGAAAUAUCAAAAGAAAAGAAAAACGUUUCAAAGAAUGACAAUCCGUCAAAAGAAAGCAACAAUGAGUCGAACGAGUCUACUAAACAAGAUAGUCUUGAUAAAUCAAACGAAAAUGAUGUUAGUUCGAACAACGAAAGUAACGACAGAGGGUCAAAGGCAAAUUCAAAAACUUUCAGUAGUGUUGGAUCAUCAGAUAACUCGUAUUUGAAUGAGGAUGAAAGUUCAAAUGACGCUUCUGAAAAGGUUACACAUUACAGCAGUGAAAACUCGGGCCUUUCAAAUGAUGACGAAUUACCGAAUAGUGAUAUCAUUUCUUCUGAGGAAAGCGGCUUUGAAAAAGAUAGUAAUGAAAAUACAGAUAAAAAUAGUAGCGACUCUAGUAAUGAUGAUGUAAAGGAACAAAGGUCUCACAUUUCCGUCGAGAGAACAUCUAUUUCACUGGAAGAUUUAGAUGAUAAAAGCAAUGAAGAAUCCAAAGAUACUCAACCUCAAAACAAUUAUGCGUCAAUUGAAAAGGACUUAAACACAGAUUAUUAUUCUAGUCUUACUGAAUUUAAAUCUCCGGAUUAUGACGAUUUAUACAAUUUCUAUUUCUAUCAUGAUGACAUGCACAAGAGCAAUAACUUUGAAGCUGAUUCAAAAGAGAUGCCACAGUCACCUUUACAAACAGGCCGUGCAACUCAAGAAAGUUCACCGGAUAAUAGCCAGACAAUGUCUCAAAAGUACAAAUCUAGAGAAGACGAUGAAUUAAAAGAUUCAAAAGAAUCAAGAGACAAAGACUUUUUCGAAAGUUUGAAAAAAACUACAAAGGUCGUGAGCGACAAAAAUAGUCAAGAAAGCGAUGAAAAAUAUUCUAAAGCAGAUUUGCCACAAACAGACUUUUCAGAAAGCCUGUCUGAUAAUAACAUAUAUUUCGACUUUCUGAGCGAAUCCAGUAAUAAAGCAAUAAGAAACACUGUUGAUCAGAGCUCGUCUGAGGUAUUUAGUGCUAAUCUUUUUAAUAAACCCGUCAAACAGGCAUCUGAAGAGAUUUCUGACAAUAAAAACGACGAUGAUGUCAACUCAUGGCUCGAAGAAAAAGGACUCGAUAAAUCUAAAAGUCAAGACAAAAGUGAAGAAACAAGUGAUUCAACAAAUCUAAAGUCUGGAAAAACCGUAAUCAUAAAUAACCCAUGGGCAUCAAUUGACGAUACUAAUGAUGACCACUUUAUGCAACCAAGUUUCUUCCGUUUCGGGGACAUUAGAAAUCCUUCUGAAGAUGGACGUCAUGUACUCACGACUCAUAAUAGUGUGAUAAUGACAACACAGCCAACUGUUCCUGCAGCCUACUAUGAUAAUUAUGACAACUCCCAACAAGGAAGCUCCUUCAGCUUUGUUGGAGUCUCAGAGGUUCCACAAGGAGGCCUUCUUUCCUCUUGGAAUAACGCUGGGAAGUGGGUUACGGACGAUCAAACUAAUCUAAAUAAUCAACAAAACCAGUAUACUAACGAAAAUAAGCAUUCAAGCGUUUAUACAGAUACCUCAAAUGGAGUCACCCAGAUUAAUGCAGAUACCAUGGGUUUUCAAGCAACACACUUAAAUGACCAUCAACCAGUGCAGAAUUUCAAUCCUGCUAACACUUUUUCUCUCCAUGAUGGUUCUUUUCAGCAAUAUGAAAAUACACAUAUAAAUAACGAUUAUUCGCAAGACCUCCCAACCCAUGGAGACGUUCCAAGAAAUCAACCCACGGAUCAGAACUCAGAAUGGUUAUCUUUUGGUUCUAACAAUGGCGAAAAUCACUUUUCAUCGAAUACUGAACCCACAUCACAUUGGAAUACUGUGUCCAUAGGAAAUGAACCGUUACCAGCUACUUCAACAGACAUUCAACAAUCUGUUAGCGGAAAGUGGUUAACAGGAAACAUGCAAGCUUCUCCAGAAGAAAACACUAGACAGGAUAAAAACAUAUUAAUAGACCCCGUCAGCAAUUAUUUCAUCAAUCAAGUUCACAUGAACACUUUUAAUGGACAAAAUGACCAAACAAAUUUUAAUAUUAACAUGGCAACGGAUAAUUCAAACUUGCAACCACAAUUUAAUACCCAUGCAGUUUCCCAGCCAAAUCUACAUAAUAAUGUAGUUCAUGAUAGGAAUAAGCAACAGUCAAAUAUCUAUCACAAUCCAUAUCAUAAUAUAAAUAGCCAACAAUAUCUGAACAGACCCCAUUUGUCUACAACACCUGGUGAAAGUGCGUCCUUUGGCACCAUUCAGCACUUGCAUAGCUCUUUUCGGAGUACUGAUGAAAGUAGCGAUGAACAAGAUGAUGAGUCCUCUACACGACAAUACACACCAUCAAGUAUGUCAUCAUUAACGCAACCUUCUCAAGUGUACAGAAAUCCUCAUAUUUCAGAUGACAGCAGUCAUGAUGACACUAGUGACGAUAAUCAACAUGCUGUUCAUCAGUACAAUGACCAAAAUAAUGACAGUGGUAAUGAAAACAACGAUGAUAAUAGUGAUGAUAGUAAUAAUGACAACACGCGUGAAGAUGACGAAGAAAGGCGAUAAGGAUGUUGUGAAGUGGUAAUAGUCGUCGCUUUUUACAAAAGCCGUAAUUACUUUCGCUAUUUUAUUAGGUUAAUGCGAUGUUUAAUUACAACAGUGAAUUUGUUAAAACACCUAACAAAAAAAGUAAAAGUGCAGCUAAAUGUACAAAAAUUCGUGCAGGGUCAAGUUGCAUCCUUUUCUGUGAGAAUGUGUAUUCAAAAGGGUUUCUGUGUAAACACAUCUUGAUGUUUGUUGAUGAUAAAAACCAAGAAAAUUACAAUAAUCAUGCAAAA